GCUAAAUGAGUAGAGCGCUUUUUGUCAUUCCGCAACGCUUGCUAUCAGUUGUCCGAUGUAACCAGGUUUCAUUGAUAACGCGCCAUUCGAGCAAAAUGAGCGAACAAACGGAGAGUAACAUUGUAAAGGGUGCUGAUAGUUGGUUCAACAAAUACACAACCGUCGAGAGUUCUCCCGAGGGCACGUUUAAAGGGGUGAAGGAUCGGUUCAAUGGCAUCACGGUUGACUCGAGCAUGGAAACCUGCAGCCCCGAAAGUUUUCCAACCGUGUUGAAGCGAUCCCUCGAACAUUGGAUUCAAAGCAAACACAGGGGCAUUUGGUUCAAGGUCCAUUUGACCGCAGCCAGUUGGAUACCGGAACUAGUUAAUAGUGGAUUUCAAUUCCAUCAUGCCAAAAAUUCGUUCGUAAUGCUGUACCGCUGGCUUCCGACGGACGAAACGGCCAACAUUCCACCGUACUCGCAUACGAUGGUAGGUGUCGGAGCGCUUGUGAUAAACGACCGAAAUCAGGUGCUGGUGGUUAGCGAAAACAAUGCCCUAAUCGUCGGCUCAUGGAAACUACCGGGAGGCUAUGUGGAACCAAAUGAGAAUUUUAUUGACGCCGCUAUACGGGAAGUGGCCGAAGAAACCAACAUUCGCACCAAGUUCGAAUCGGUCAUCUCGAUACGGCACGCACACGGGGCCGGUUUUGGCUGUUCCGAUCUGUACAUCGUGAUGGCAUUGACGCCACUGUCGGAAGAAAUCACGAAGUGCAACCGGGAGAUUGCCCAAUGCGAAUGGAUGGAUGUGAACAAGUACUUGGCCCAUCCCAAGGUACAUGAAACGAAUCGUAAUUUCGUGCGAACGUACCUGGAGUAUAAGCGGCACGGUUUACGCAUCGACUGUACGGAAGAAAUGCACCAAGUGCUGAGAAAGCGGUACAAUAUCUACUCAAUUGCCAAGGUACCCGAGGGUGGUAAUGUUACCAGUAGUGCUAGUAGCACCGGCACGUUCAAGUUAUAG